AGCUGUGAGGUGACUCCACACAGACAGCUCUGGACGGCUCACAUUUUGUGUUUUGUUUAUUUCUUCUGCAGCCUGGAAAUCAUGAAUACCAGCCCUCUACUUAUUUUAGAGCUAAAUGAGUUACUGGUGGACUCUACAAUUAAUAAGAAGGCUUUCAUGUCUCAGAAUGAUAACCAAGCAAUAAGGAACAUAUCCAUAGUUGAAAGGACUGAAAGGCGACAAACAGAAUCAGUGGAAACAAUGGCUACAGCAGCGGAUGCUCUUGGGAGUAUAGCUAUCGACGCUACGCACCUCACUAUGUCGGUCACAGACCCCACCGCUUGGGCCACAGCAAUGAACAACCUUGGGAUUGUUCCUGUAGGACUUGCUGGACAACAGCUUGUAUCAGAUUCAAUCUGUGUGCCGGGCUUUGAUCCAAGCUUAAGCAUGAUGACUGGUAUAACUCAGAUCAAUCCAAUGAUGGCAGGAAUGGGCCUUUUGCCACCACUACCAACUCAGUUACCUAUUGUCAAAGAGAUUAUUCACUGCAAAAGCUGCACCCUAUUCCCACCCAACCCCAAUUUGCCUCCACCCUCAACUAGAGAGAGGCCCCCGGGCUGUAAAACUGUGUUCGUUGGAGGACUCCCUGAAAAUGCAACAGAUGAGAUUAUUCAAGAACUAUUUGAGCAAUGCGGUGAUAUUACAGCUAUUCGCAAAAGCAAGAAGAAUUUUUGUCACAUACGAUUUGCAGAGGAAUUUAUGGUUGAUAAAGCCAUUUACCUCUCUGGCUAUCGGAUGAGACUGGGAUCCAGCACAGACAAAAAGGACUCUGGCCGCCUUCAUGUUGAUUUUGCUCAAGCAAGAGAUGACUUUUAUGAGUGGGAAUGCAAGCAGAGAAUGCUUGCCAGAGAAGAACGGCAUAGACGCAAAUUAGAGGUAGACAAGCUGAGACCCCCGUCACCUCCAGCUAUUAUGCAUUAUUCAGAACACGAAGCAGCAAUGCUUGCUGAGAAACUUAAAGAUGAUACCAAAUUUUGUGAAGCCAUCACCGUGCUUUUUACUUGGAUUGAGCGAGGAGAAGUAAACAGGCGAUCAGCAAACCAAUUUUAUUCCAUGAUCCAGUCAGCAAACAGUCACGUACGGCGACUUAUGAAUGAGAAGGCAGCUGAUGAAGAAAAAAUGGAAGACGCCAAGGAGAUCUUUAAAACAGCACUUUUUGGGAUUCUCACUCAAUUUGAGCAGAUUGUGGCCGUUUUCAACGCUUCUACCAGACAAAAAGCAUGGGACCAUUUCUCGAAAGCUCAACGCAAGAAUAUUGACAUUUGGCGAAAACACUGUGAGGACUUGCGAAAUGCACAAAGUGAGCAGCUUAUGGGAAUCCGCCGGGAAGAGGAAAUGGAAAUGUCUGACGAUGACAGCAAUGACAUCCCAAAUAAAAAAGCUAGACUGGAUGAAUCUGCUUUAGCUGCUCAGGCCUAUGCACUGAAAGAAGAAAACGACAGCCUCAGGUGGCAGCUAGAUGCUUACAGGAAUGAAGUAGACCUUCUGAAGCAAGAGAAAGGACAUCAUGGACGAACAGAAGAAAGUGUAACCAAGGACCAGCAGCUGCAGUUUUUACAGCAAACUAUGCAAACUAUGCAACAGCAAUUAGCCGCAAUGCAGGAAGAGUUAAACAAUAAAAAGAGUGAGCUGGAGAAAGCCAAGGAAGAGCAGACACAUGCACAUGCGCUGGUCAGAGUUCUCAAAGAACAGCUCAAAAGUGCCAAAGAGGUUACAGAUGUCACCAACCAGGAAUACCUUAGCAAAGAAACCAGCACUGUCAGUGUUGCUGUGUACAACCACGAUAAAGAAAAAGAUGCUGAAAAACAAAGGCAAUCUCUCAAGUCAGAAAAAGAAGCCCUGCUAAUAGGCAUCACAUCUACAUUUCUCAAUGUCCAUCCCUUUGGAGCCAAUACAGAAUACUUGUGGUCCUAUCUGCAACAGCUGGACUCAACGAUAUCAGCCAAUGAAAUUGAGACACUGUUGACGAAGUUGCCUCGUAUGUUCAAACAAGAAUUCACAGGUGUUGGUGCCACACUGGAAAAGAGAUGGAAGUUCUGUGCCUUUGAAGGAAUCAAAACAACUUGACAGGGAACUGCAGAGACUUUCCCCCGGGAUAUAUUGCAGACAUAAUGAACACGUCGCAGGGAAGCUGAAGUCUAACUGUACUUACUACAUCCGUGAUGUGCUCUCAUGAGUGACAAUGUCAUUGUCCUUGCAAUUUUCUUGCAGAAUUGUGAUAGACCUUUUUGCUGUUAAAAGAAACCCAACAAAGGUUUUACUUUGGUUAUAGGCAGUUUUUGGAAAUGUGUUUUAUCUGUUAUUGGUCAGUAGCAGAGACAUGUGCUUUCUGGAAAUCAAUCUCAACAGAUUAGCCCAAACGGGAAACAUGGCAUCUCAUCCACUUCUCUGAAUUAUCCUUCUGAUAUUGGAAGACAUCAAUCAUUUUCUAGAGCCGAUCCAUUUUAUUAGAGGGAUAAGUUACGCAGAAGGUACUUACAUCAUUUAAUAGUGUAUAAUAUCAAGUUCUUACCAAAAGUGUCCCUGAUGUAUUUUUACAUUCUCCACACAAUCUGCCUCAGGCUAUCAUUUAGAUACUUCUACAUGACAGUUUAGCAGCUAUUGUAUCUCGCAGAAGUUUAGCAGCUUCCAUCCACCCGGAGAUUAAUGUCAGCAAAUACAGGCUAUGGAGGAAUUCCGCAUGCAAAUGGCGACUAAAUGAAUCUUUUUUACUAAUAUUAUAAAUAAAGCUGAAGUUGAGAGUAUCCCAUCAACAAUUGUAAAUCAAUCUUCCUGAUGUAAAUAUUGAUUUAAGCUACUGUUGUUUUACAGUGUUGUGUAAUAUAUUCAUAGAGAUGCAUUUAAAUAAAUAUCCUUCUGCAUUAUCUGAUUUUAUAAAAAAAACCUGUUCUGCAAUAAAUAUGAUUGCAUACA